AUGGGCAUUAAUUCCAGCAAGGAAGUUGCUUCUCGGCCUCAAGUGCCUUCAAAUUGGAAUUCAACAGACAUUCCAUCGCAGAAAGAUAAAGUUGUAAUUGUUACGGGUGCGAAUUCCGGAAUUGGAUUUGAAAUCGCUCUACAACUUGCUCGAAAGGGGGCUCAUGUUAUUUUAGCCUGUCGAAAUGAAAAACGCGGUUUACAAGCUGAAGCAGAUAUUCAACAGGAUUUGAAAUCAUUGUCGGAUGCUGGUAGCGUCAAGUUUAUGCAGGUCGAUAUGGGUGAUUUAACAAGUGUACAUUCUUUUUCCGAAGAAUUCAAGAAGAUGUACGAGCGACUAGAUAUCCUUAUUAACAAUGCGGGGAUCGGAGGUCGCACCUACGCUACAACAGCCGAUGGAUUCGAACUGAUUUUUGCCACAAACUAUUUGGGGCCAUUCGUAUUGACAGCCCAGCUUUUUGACCUGCUAAAGAAAACUGCGCCAUCGCGUAUUGUUUCUGUGAGCAGUUUCCUACACUGGUAUGGAACGUGGGUCUUUGAUGAAGAUCAAAUCAUGGUGAAAAGACCAAAGGAACAUGGACAACUUGGAACGUAUUCGGUUUCAAAAGUAUGUUUUUUACUUUUUACAAACGAGCUUGAUCGUCGUCUCAAAGCAGCUGGAAUCGACAACAUUAUCACUACAACGGCUCAUCCUGGUUAUUGCGAUACCAGUAUCAUGGGUGAUGCGACGAAAAAGAAAAGUAAUUGGUAUUGGUGGCUGUCCUAUCGUCCAUAUGGCAUCUACCCACCACAAAAUUUUCCAAAGGGUGCUCUACCUACAUUAUAUGCUGGACAGCUGAUGGGGUGA